ACAUUUUAGUGUUGACCUGAACAGACCGAAGAGCAGAAGUUGUAUGCGGUGAAGCCAAUGUCUUCAGCUUUCAAAGUUCAGCUCUUGACUGGCCCUGCUUUCCGCCGAGCUCCGGCCAUCUCCGGAGCCGGGAAAACUGUUCUUUCCAGGCAGACCCGAGUGGCCCGUUCCACCUUCGGGCCGAUUCAGGCCGUUGUGAAUAGUGACCAAAACAAAGCUACGGAAACUGCUGAAAAGUCGGUGGAGAGAAAGGACGUUAAUGGGUCGUUCUUAGUUUCUCGUCCUAGUGAAAAAGAAGGGAUGGUUAACGUGAAAGCAGUGCUCACUGUCAGGAAGAAGAUGAAAGAAAAGCUCGUUGAUAAGAUAGAGGAUCAGUGGGAGUAUUUCAUUAAUGGGAUUGGUCAAGGAAUCAUGAUUCAGCUCAUAAGUGAAGAGAUUGAUCCUGUUACAAGUUCAGGGAAGAGUGUGGAAUCUUCAGUGAGGGGUUGGUUGCCGAAGCCAGCAAGUGAUUUUAACAUUGUUGAGUAUGGUGCUGAUUUCAGCGUGCCAUCUGAUUUUGGUAAUCCUGGCGCUGUUCUUAUAACAAAUCUUCAUAGCAAGGAGUUUUACUUGUUGGAGGUUAUUGUUCGCGGUUUUGAUGGAGGCCCCAUCUUCUUCCCUGCAAACACAUGGAUCCAUUCCCGGAAUGAUAAUCCUGAGAGUAGAAUAAUCUUCAGAAAUCAAGCAUAUCUACCAUCACAAACACCAGCUGGUAUCAGAGAUCUAAGACAUGAAGAUUUAAUGAGCAUUCGUGGUAAUGGAAAAGGACUUAGAAAGGCUCAUGAUAGAAUUUAUGAUUAUGAUGUAUACAAUGAUUUGGGAAAUCCUGAUAAAGAUCAAGAUCUUGCUAGACCCGUUCUGGGCAAUGAGGAAUGGCCGUAUCCUCGGCGUUGUAGAACUGGCCGACCUCCAUCCAAGACAGAUCCUUGUUCUGAGAGUAGAAUCGAAAAGCCCCAUCCUGUGUAUGUGCCUCGUGAUGAAACUUUUGAGGAGAUUAAGCAGAACACUUUCUCUGCUGGAAGGUUGAAAGCUGUGCUUCAUAAUCUUAUACCAUCUAUUGCUGCUACCUUGUCAAGUUCGGACAUCCCCUUCACUUGUUUUUCUGAUAUUGAUAAGUUGUAUGACAAUGGUGUCGUUUUAAAAGAUGAUGAACAAAACACAAAGGGGAAUCCUUUAAAUGUGAUGAAUCAGGUUCUCUACGCUAGCCAAAAGUUAUUGAAAUAUGAAAUCCCAGCUGUUAUAAAACGUGACAGGUUUGCAUGGCUGCGAGACAAUGAGUUUGCUCGCCAGACUUUGGCUGGGGUCAACCCUGUGAACAUUGAGAUUUUGAAGGAACUCCCAAUUCUCAGUAAACUAGAUCCUGCUGUUUAUGGACCUCCAGAAUCAGCAAUCACAAAGGAACUGAUAGAGGAAGAACUUAAUGGAAUGAGUGUUGAAAAGGCUAUUGAGGAGAAGAGAUUGUUUAUUCUUGAUUACCAUGACAUGCUUUUGCCGUUUAUCGAAAAAAUAAAUUCUUUGCCGAAGAGAAAAGCUUAUGCCUCCAGGACAGUUUUUUUCUAUAACAAGAAGAGUAUUCUGAAGCCAAUAGCGAUUGAACUUUCACUUCCUCCAACAUCUUCAUCGCCUGGGAAUAAACGUGUUUACACUCAUGGACAUGAUGCUACAUCCUAUUGGAUUUGGAAGCUAGCCAAAGCUCACGUUUGCUCAGUCGAUGCGGGAGUCCAUCAACUAGUAAAUCACUGGUUGAGAACUCAUGCUUCAAUGGAAUCAUACAUAAUUGCAACACACAGACAUCUUAGCUCAAUGCAUCCUAUUUACAAGUUGCUUCAUCCUCAUAUGCGCUACACGCUCGAAAUUAAUGCACUUGCACGGCAAAGUUUAAUAAAUGGAGGAGGAAUAAUUGAGGCAUCGUUCGGUCCGGGAAAAUAUGCCAUGGAGGUAAGCUCUGCAGCCUACAAGAAUAUGUGGAGGUUUGAUUUGGAAGCAUUGCCUGCAGAUCUCAUUCGACGGGGCCUGGCUGAGGAGGAUCCUUCAAUGCCCUGUGGUGUAAAACUUGUGAUCGAAGACUAUCCUUAUGCAUCAGAUGGACUCCUUGUAUGGUCUGCGAUAGAGGAGUGGGUAAAAUCCUAUGUAGGACACUUCUACUUAGAGCCUAAUUCCAUCACAUCUGAUGUCGAACUUCAAGCAUGGUGGAAUGAGAUCAAGAACAGAGGGCACUAUGACAAAAGGAAUGAACCCUGGUGGCCAACCCUCAACACCAAAGAGGACUUGUCCAAGAUAAUUACAAUAAUGAUCUGGGUUGCUUCUGGUCAGCAUGCAGCCAUAAACUUUGGGCAGUACCCUUUCGGGGGAUAUGUCCCCAACCGUCCCACUCUGAUGAGAAGACUCAUCCCACAAGAAAAUGAACCUGGUUAUGAGAAAUUUAUUUCAAACCCUCAGCACAUUUUUCUGUCAUCUUUACCUACUCAACUUCAAGCCACCAAGGUUAUGGCUGUCCAAGACACAUUGUCAACUCACUCUGCAGAUGAAGAGUACCUGGGUCAAAUGAACCAACUGCACAGCCGUUGGAUCAAUGACCAUGAAGUUCUGAACAUGUAUGAGAAAUUCUCUGCCAAGCUAGAGGAGAUUGAGAAGAUAAUCAAUGAUAGAAAUAAGAAUAUCCAGCUUAAAAGCAGAUGCGGUGCAGGCAUUCCCCCUUAUGAACUGCUUCUUCGUUCAUCAGGUCCAGGAGUGACCGGUCGUGGAAUCCCCAAUAGUAUUUCCAUCUGAUGGAUUUAGCUGAAACGAGGCCUUAGCAUCUUUUUGUUAUAUCUAGUACAACCAGCUAGUGUAUACCAUUUUCCAUUUUCCUUUGUCAAACUUGUGCAAUAGUAAUCAUCUUCAAUAAAUGUUACAGAACAUGAAAAUA